UCUUUUUUUUUGUUCUUUAUAUAAACAUAUUUUAUCUAUUUAUUUAACAUUUUAAAUAAAUACCCUCAAACCCUCAAACCAAACCCAAUAUUUAUUCUCUUUCAACUCAGCCCCUUACCCUCAAAAUUAAUCAAAAUAUGCCAUCGUCGCUUCAAUUCUACCGCUACACCGCCACUACUCCCACCCCCGCCCUUAAUCCAAAAAACCACAAACAUGGGGUGGCCUCGGAACAGUGCAGCUCCGUCGUGGUUCAAACCAUCGAUGCUCCGGUGGCCGUCGUUUGGUCGUUGGUUCGCCGAUUCGACAACCCACAAACGUACAAGCACUUCUUGAAGAGCUGUCGGGUUGUGGAGGGAGAUGGGGAAACGGUUGGGACGGUGCGUGAGGUGGAGGUGGUGUCAGGUCUGCCAGCGGUGUCGAGUAAAGAACGGUUGGAGAUUCUGGAUGAUGAGAAGCACGUGAUGAGCUUUAGCGUCGUGGGAGGAGACCACAGGUUGAAUAAUUAUCGGUCGGUGACGAGCUUACACGUAGCACCGGGAGGAAGAGGAACGGUGGUUGUGGAGUCGUAUGUGGUGGAUGUGCCGCCGGGAAAUACAAAAGAAGAAACGUGUGUGUUCGUAAAUACGAUCGUGCGGUGCAAUUUACAAUGGUUGGCUCGAGUAUCGGAGAAUAUUGCCAAAGCAAAAAUGAAAAGUAUAUAAGAAAGAACAAAAAAUAUUUACUACUUUAGGCAUUAUAAUGUGAAUAAUAAAACUGCUUCAAAAAUUUUGUUUCUUUUUUCUUUUUUUGGUCGAUGUAAACCGACUUUAUUAACUUACAUUUUUAAUAUUACAUCUUUUCUUUUCUUUUCUUUUCUUUUCUUUUUUUCUCUAAUGGUUGUUAUGAUCUUGAUCAAGUAAAAGCUAUGUAAGUUUCUUUUUGUCUAUUAUUAUAUAUCUAUACAUAUUUGUAGGUAUUGUCA